AUGCUUCCAGUUACCUCCAUGCAAAAUGUCAAGUAUCAUGGAGUAUGUCUAAUCCAAACUUCCUUUCCUGGUGCUAUUCCUGGCGCUGCGGGACAGUCCCGCUGCCGGGGUCCUCGCAGAGAAAGGCCGUCGUUAUGGAAACGUAGCACGCGCCAGCGGCCGUUAAGCCACACGGGCACUGUCGAGGACAGUUUGCCGGCUCGGGGCCGCGGUUCCCGGAACCCAACGGCACCGACGACGAACCCCUCACGGACGCGCGAUGCCUCGGCCCAGUCGCCGCCGAUACCGCCUCAGACCUUGAGGGCAGCACGUCCAGCAACAGCCAGCUGCGGACGCGCACGUCGUCUAGCGCAGGCGCGGGGCGGGGCCACGGGCUGUCCCUGUGCACCGGAGACUUCCGCUUCCGGAGCCGCGACCAUCGCACUCCCGGGCUUGGCGGGCCGGCCGAGCGACGCACAGUGUCUGCUCCUGGCCGCUACGGUCCCUGAGUCUCGAUCACCCUCGCUCCGCAGCCUGCCAUCUGCAUUCCGCUACCCACCUCCGUAGCCAGCCAUGCUGGAGCAUCUGAGUUCGCUGCCCACACAGAUGGAUUACAAGGGCCAGAAGCUGGCUGAACAGAUGUUUCAGGGAAUUAUUCUUUUUUCUGCGAUAGUUGGAUUUAUCUACGGGUACGUGGCUGAACAAUUCGGGUGGACUGUCUACAUAGUUAUGGCCGGAUUUACUUUUUCAUGUUUGCUGACACUUCCUCCAUGGCCCAUCUAUCGCCGACAUCCUCUCAAGUGGUUACCCGUUCAAGACUCAAGCACAGAAGACAAGAAGCCAGGGGAAAGAAAAAUUAAGAGGCAUGCUAAAAAUAAUUAAUUGGGGUUUUCAUGAUUCAGCACCUGCUUUUGUUUCCUGUGAGCUGAGUUAAACUGCUUUCAUUAAAAUAUGAGCUAAAACCACAUAUGCUCUUAUGGCACAGCUACGUAUAGAUUUAGGUUCUCUUCAUUUCUAACCCAUUUGGGUUUUGACUUAUAGUUUAGACCCUCUCGUCAUAAUCUUGCUCUGAAAUGGGGAACAGAAAAUAUGAGUAUGCAGUUUCUUUCAGGUAUAGAUAAUGAACAACUGCCUCAUAAAUGAUAGUACAAUUUAACAAACAGAGAUGCACAAUUUAACUAUCAAAGUUUUGUAAUUCAUUAUGAGUUGCUUAACUGUUUUAAUGUUUCCAAUUAAAACUCAUAAUGCAA